AAUUCGAAAACAAGUACAACAACAAACCCGAAAUGGAAACGGAAGUGCAAGCGUUUUAUAAGAACAAAACCAUUUUUCUAACCGGUGGCAGUGGCUUUUUGGGCAAAGUGCUACUUGAGAAAAUUAUGCGCACAACUGAAGUGAAACGCUUGUAUAUUCUUAUGAGACCAAAACGUGGCGUGGAAAUACAUGAGCGUAUUGGCUCCUGGCCCACCGAUCCGGUUUUCCAGAAUUUGUUAAAUGUUAAGCCCAAUGCAUUUGAAUGCUUGGUGCCCAUAGCUGGUGACUGUGCGGAACUUGAUCUUGGCAUUUCCGAGCAGGACAGACAGAUAUUGAAGAAUGAAGUACAGAUUGUUAUACACAGCGCAGCGACCGUGCGUUUCAAUGAGCCGCUGCAUCAUGCGCUGGACAUCAACGUUCGUGCCACCCGCCUCGUGAUGGAAUUGGGCAAGGAAAUGCAGCAUUUGGAGUCUUUCGUACACGUUUCCACUGCCUUCUCCAACUGCGUCGUAAACCACAUCAAGGAGACUUACUAUCCGGAGCUUCUCAGCUGCCCAGCCGCAAAGGUUUUGGAAUUGAAAGAGCAGCUGAGUAAUGAGCUGCUUGACAAAAUGACGCCCGCAUUACUGGACAAAUUUCCCAAUACCUACACCUAUACAAAGGCGUUGGCCGAGCACCUGGUCCAGACUGAAUCGGGAGAUCUACCAAUGUGCAUCUUCAGGCCGGGCAUAAUUAUUGCCAGUUACAAGGAGCCUGUGUCGGGCUGGAUGGAUAAUUUGUAUGGACCUAUUAGUAUACUCUAUGCCGCUGCUUUUGGAGUGAUGCGUAUUUGUCGAGUCGAUGUAAAAAAAGAGGCGAAUGUUGUGCCCGUGGACUUCUGUGCCAAUUUGUUGAUAGCGAGUGUCUGGAAAACAGCCAUUGAUGCAAAGAGAGCCAAGGAACAGAAACCAGAGCAGACCCAGAAGGAUGGUGAAAACUCAACAAACAAUCCCAUUCAGAAAGAAGAAGAGCAGAAGACUUUUGGAAAACCAAUCUAUAACUUUGUGACCAGUGAGCACCACCCUUUAACAUGGGGCGACUUUAUAAGCAAGGUGUCCGAGCUAGGCCCCGCCUAUCCCAUCACUAAGAUGAUGUGGUUCCCAUUUCUCAUCCCCACCAACUCCCAGUUUCUGUAUCAGCUGCUUAUUUUCUUUUACCACGUAAUACCCGGCUAUGCCAUCGAUCUGAUAUUACGCUUAAGGGGAAAGCGUCCUCGCAUGGUAAAGCUUUACGAAAAGAUGCACAAGAAUUUCAUGAUGCUGGGACCUUUCGUAGAUAGGAGCUGGAAGUUUCAAACCACAAACAUGCAGCGAUUGUGGGAACACAUGUCAAUAUCUGACCGAAAGGUUUAUGAAUUUGACAUGACGAAGGUCAAUUGGAACGAAUAUUUUGGUCGAGCGCUUGCAGGCAUGCGUAUCUAUUUGGCAAAUGAGGAGCCUGGUAAUGAGUCUAUAAAGCGGGGCCAAAAAAUCCGUGCACGAUUUGAGAUCCUUCAUCGUUCAUUACAAGUGAUCGUCUGCAGCGCCGGCGCGGCUAUUUUAUGGUCUAUGCUCAAAUUACUUAUCAGUUUCUAGUUGAAUUUUAUUAUAUUUUUUUAACAUUUAAGGAGUUUGCAAAAAAAUUAAAAAAAUAAUUGUAAGAA